UGAUGUAAUGCCCAACAAUGUUGAAGGUGAAAAUAGCGAGACGAACGCAGAGAAAGACGUCGACUGGCGGACUUGUGAACAAAGCAGAGCUGGAUUUCCGACUUUUUAAAAAUCUAAAUAAGGAUUGAUUGAAACAAAUUAACGUUUUCAGCGACGAUCUUGGGAUAUUGCUGUUUGCUUGGAUGAACGACAUAACACUGGAAACUAUUUUCACUUUCAACGUUGAUUAAGGUUCUUUAGAGCUUCUUUUAAGAUGAGGAAAUAUGUCUUUCCGUUUCACCCCACAAGAUAAAAAUGUGUGCCUUUAAUUGAGUAUAAAAAAAACGACGUUGUCCUUGAGCAGUAAUGGCCACUUUUUUUUCCUUCUCCUUAUCCUUGCAUGCCAUCAGAACUGUCCAUCCCACAAUGCAGUUGGAGGAGAGAGGGCAAGCUGGCUCAACGUCUACUGACCCUGGUGUGUCUGGUCCCAAACCACCAACAACUGCUGCAGCAGCUACUAGGAGUGCAAGUAUAACCCCUCCUACUGCAACUCAAAGCAAAAUAAGUCAGUUUAUACCAAAGCAGAUGACCCCAGCCAAACACCACAGUAUUGAUGAAGAGUUGGCUAAAAUGAUUGCCACUGAUUUCCAGCCCUUUUCCAUUGUGGAGGACAAAGGUUUUAAAAGUUUUGUCAAAGCCUUAAAUCCCACGUGCACUCUACCCAGUAGAAAAACACUGUCCCUAACAAUGAUCCCAAAACUAGUGGGCGGCACGGUGGUGUAGUGGUUAGCAUGGUCGCCUCACAGCAAGAAGGUUCUGGGUUCGAACCCAGCAGCCGGCGAGGGCCUUUCUGUGUGGAGUUUGCAUGUUCUUCCCAUGUCUGCGUGGGUUUCCUCCGGGUGCUCCGGUUGACAUGCAGUUAGGUUGACUUGAGCAAGGUACCUGACCCCUAACUGCUCCCCGGGCGCUCUGGUGUGGCUGCCCACUGCUCUGGGUGUGUGCGCGCAUGUUCACUGCUUCAGAUGGGUUAAAUGCAGAGGAUGAAUUUCACUGUGCUUGAAGUGUGCAUGUGAUGAAUAAAGGUUUCUUCUUCUAUAUGACAUUAUGGCAAGACAGGGUGAAAAAAGCUCCAACUUUCCUAGUACGCUUAUGCACCCCCAGUGGUAGAUAGCUUGGGAAUUAAGCUAAGAGAGAUGCAGAGCAUGUGGGAAGGAGAAUGUUGAGGAUAGAGCUGCCAGGCAAACAAAAAUGAGGGAGGCCAAAGAGGAGAUACAUGGAUGUGGUGAGAGAGGCAGGUGUGGUAGAGAAGGAUGCGGAAGACAGGGAGCAAUGGAGACGAAAAAUCCGCUGUGGCGACCCCUAAUCGGGAGCAGCCAAAAGAAAAAAAGAAGUUUCUGACUGCUAGACCUCUAGAACCACCUACUCUUUCAUGUCCGUCACUCGCCACUUUAUUGAAAAUUACAAAUUGACAUCUUGCCUGCUGGACUGCUUUGAGUUCACUGACGGAUGCACUGCAGAAAACUUGGUAGAGGAGCUAUUAAGAGUGGUAAAUGAGUGGCAAGUACAGGACAAAGUGGUGUGGUGUGCUGUGUGAGUGAUAAUGCUGCAAACAUCACCAAAACCAUAAAAUAAUUUGAAGCGGGCCCACCACCCAUGUCUGGCGCAUACAUUAAACCUGAUGAUAAGAGAUUCCCUGAAGGUGGUGAAAACAACCGUGGACAAGGUAAAGGCUAUUGUGGAGUUUUUCCACAGAAGCACAGUAGCUGCAGAGAGGCUGAAGUCCACACAGCACCAGAUGGAGUUGCCCGAACUGAGGCCCAAACAAGAGUGUGCUACCAGGUGGAACUCAACAUUUUGUAUGUUGAAACGCAUUCUUGAAACAAAAGAUGCCAUCAUCUCCACCCUGGCCCUCAUCAAUGCACCUGGUGAUGCGUUAAGUCAAGAGGAAUGGGAGCUGGUGAAAGAGGUCUGCACCAUCCUGCAACCAUUUGAGGAGGUGACUGUGGAGAUAAGUGCAGACAGCAAUGUCACAGCCUCCAAAAUGCUCCUGCUUUGCAAAGGUCUUCAGCAGGUGACAGGCCAACACCAACUGACAGUAACCGUGCAGAAAGUAAAGGAAUUGGUUGCGGCUCUUUGUUCAGCCGUGGACCGAAAAUUUCUGCAUAUGGAGUUCAACACUGUCCUCUCAGAAACCACAUUACUGGAUCCUAGGUUUAAAAAGCUUGCAUUCAGUGACAACAGAGCUGUUGACGAGGCACUUCAGAGAAUAACUGCCGCAGCAGCAAAAUGCACCCCCAGCAGCCAGCCAGCUCCACCAUUAGAGGGCCAAGUGGAGGAGGAGCCACAAACUUCUGCUGUGUGGAGGCUCUUUGAUGAAAGAGCUAAAGGAGAAAUACUACAGUUGAUGUUGUUAUGGAGAUGCGAUGUUAUCUUGAGGAGCCCCUCAUCCAACGAGCAGAAGACCCACUGAGCUGGUGGCAGGCCAAGGCCUCAGUCUUCCCACACCUGGUGAAGGUGAUGAGGGGAGACUGUGUAUUGUGGCAACAUCUGUUCCUUCGGAGAGAGUCUUCUCAUAAACAGGGCAGCAUCAGCCCAUCCAAAGCUGUGCUCACAUAUAUACCGGUACGAUCGUGGUAUAACUGUAUCGAUACAAAGUAUACCGGUACAGUUUAGUGCAUCUGUCCACACUAGCGAGAAAUGUUUUCGGUUUUCUUUCAUGGUAGUUGAAAUGCGCGUGUGCGAAAUGUUUCUGUGGUUACCGAGUAACUUCCUUCCGAGAAUAUGGCGGAUGAAACAACGUGUGUGCGCUUUUUGUUGUCAAUGUACAGUCUGUAUUUCUGGUGGUCAUUUAUUCAGUCGAAUCGUAUAAAAUGCGCGAGGCAGUUGAGAAAGAAACAAAGAAAACGAAUCUCCGUUCUUCACUGUUUUAUUCAGCGAAGAAGUAGGAAUGGUUCAUUGCGCAUGCGCAUUAUAUUUGUAUCGAUACAGAACCGCUUCAUCUGUCCACACUACAGCAAAGCGCUACAGUACCGAUACUGUACCGGUACGAAACCCAUACAUUUGUGGGUUUUGUCCCGAUACAGUUAUACCGCUACAGUACCGGUAUAGUUGCUAGUGUGGACAGGUGUUGCGGUACAAAAUCCCUAGUGUGGACAGGGUACAAGCGGAGGCAUUUGAUUUUUUUGAAUGCCAACCUGCACUGAGGACAUACUGUUUGGUUCUGUUCUGUGGAUUUGUUUUUGUGUUAAAAGUUUAAUUAAAAUAUCAAACAAAAGGAAGAAUGCCUGCUUUUGUAACAGAACAAAUACACAAAAUUAGGUAAUUAUAAGGCUUCUCAUAAAAACACUAAAUGCAAAAGGGUUUAUCAACACACAAAGCAUUCAUAUUUGCCAAGUUAGGCUAAAAUAUGAGGCUACAGAUGAUGAUAAAUUGGGAGCCGAAAGAGUCGACUCUUCUUUGGGAUUCGGUUCUCUGAAAGGAGCCGAACUUCCCAUCACUGUUGCAGGGACAACACGGUCGGCUUUGCUGUGACGUCACAAAUACCCUAUGUGGGCAGGGUCAGAGCUGCAAGGGGAAAGAGGCGCGCCCGGAGAGUCGACGCGGAACUGCGCAUGCGCGAUGCAGAUAGGGCUGUAUUUGUAUUUUCCGAAAAGUGAACUAGGAAAUCUUACAUAUUGCGUUUUCUCCAUAGAUUUGUUUAUUUCUUUGUACAGUUGAAAGUAAAAUGACGCUCCGCGUAACGCAUUGUGUGCUUCUUUCCGCUCCGGUUGCGAUGUGAACGACUUCUCGGCUGUCCAAUCAGCGAGCAGCUUGUGAAACGUUCAGCCAAUCCCAGCGCGAGAGAGGUGUGGGUGGGGAAGGAGAAGAGCGCAGAGACAAUGAAGGACGCCAUUAAGUGCUGUGCCGUGUGCGCGUUCCUCCUGUCCCCCUCAAAGCGCCCGAGGUUUUGUUAAAGACGAGCUGUGUUUUAAAGUGAGUCGCUUUCGUUUUAGCGCAUAAACCGUUUUCAUAUCAUGGAUUUUUAAAUCUGUGGCAGUUGAGCGCUGUGGGCGUGGCCAGCUUCAGCCCAGAAAAUGGCGGCCUGUGAGUUUGAGCGGCGAAUGACUCCGCCGAGCUGGUUUACAGUCUGAUUUUAAACGCUGUGUUUUUUAUAACUCGCUUAUUUCUGGCUGGAAAGGAAGCCAACUCUCGAGCCGCAUCCGUGUACCGGAAGUAGUGUGACGUCGCGGCGUGUUUGCGCUCCAACCGUUUUAUCUGUCUUGAGUGAGCGCGUGCAGAACGAUUCUGUAAUCUAGAACAUUCACCCGGAAGUACAACCAACCAAUCAGAACACAGAACCGGGUUCUUUGCUUUCUGGGCCAGAGAUGUAAAGCAAAGUCGCUCAAAACUUUUUUUUUUUUUCAAUUUAUUUGUAUAGACAUUUUAAACUAUUUUAAAUAUUAAGCAUGUGUACAGAAGUGUUUUUAUUGUAUUUAAGUUUUCCAGUGUGUUGAACUAUAGAUUUGAAUCCUAUUACAUCAUGUUUUAAAAUUAGUUUGUUACAGUAGAUUCAGAUCGAAUUUAUUUACAUUUUAAGCAUGAGGUUAAAUUUUUAAAAGCUUCCUGUUUAAGAAGAAAAAAAACCUAAUGUUACUGGGUUUAUUUUAACCCUGUUUAAUUAAAGUGAUCAGUCUGGGGUGACUGGGUGGGCAUGGGGGAGCCUUAGUCUCUGGGAUGAGCGUGGGGCGUCUCUGAGUCUGGGAUAAUAAUUAGUCACUGUUUUUUUGUUGCUGAGUAAAAAUACUGUAUCUAUUUGCUGAUGUAAAAACCUUUCCAGUUUGUAUAGGGUUGAGGUGUGACCUCAGUGCAAGAUUUGGGUAAAAGUCAGAAGGAAAUGUUCAGUGGGAGGGAAUUUCCUGUUUUGGUUUUAAAUCAGAGUUUUGAAACUUGCUGCUCUGUCAUUUACAUCCCUCUUCUCACAACGAUAUUAUCACUCGUUCAACCACCAACAAAACAAUUCAAACGCAAAGCAGAUCCACUGUGUGUUUUGGGUUUUUUUUAAGAGCAAGGAGUAUUUCAUUUCCUCUGCUUUAUUUCCUGUUUUAGUAUAUGUUUAAUAUCAAAGUGUCAUUUGUGUUUUUAAUGCUUUUUCAGAACUCGCAGGUUCUCUCUAAAAGGAACAAAAUUGAGUUUUUAUACGGCAAACACCUUCACUUGUCUCGUUUGAGUCACAAGUAACAGACGACCGUUUAACCUUCGACUGUACAUUUGGUGAUUAAACAUGUACCUGCAUCUUUCUUUAAUUGUUGAGACGCACAUUUCCUGGAUAAUUCUUGAUAGUUUGUAAUUAUUUUACCUGUUCUGAUAGUUUCAGUUCUUAAUUAUUGAUUAUUCUGUUUAUGUGCUGUGAGGUGUUUUGGUUUUUAGAUGUUGAUUAGCAGAUGGGCUUCAGUGAUUGGGUGAAGAGGCCUGAAGUCAUGUUUCCUUUCUCAUGAAAUCAUUACACAAGAAAAUUAAAAUGAGACUAGAGAAUCCAGCUAUACAGCUUGAGCAUUUUUUUAGCUGCACUUUUGUGUAAAAACAUUUAAUGUAGCUUCUGGUUAAAAUACUUUCACUGUAGUUUAGUCUUUCCUUAUAAUUCUGUCCAUCUGUAACCUUUGUUAAAAUUAUUAAUGAUUUUGUUGAACAGGAUUUGGGAUUGAUUUCAGAGUUUAACUGAAUGAUGUUGAAGACAAUGUGCCCAUGAGUCGUCUUCAUCUUCUUGUUUCUUCUGUAUAUGGUUAAUAAUACUGAUUUGUAGUUUGUGUAAAUAAAAAUAUGAAACUCA